GACGAACCUCACUUUUCCGGUUCACAUUCUCACAGAAUUAUCUUAUUUUCAUCAGAGCUUAAAACAUAUGUAAGAUCACGAAAACAUGGCAAGACAAAUUCCUCUGACAUGUAGCGGGCACACAAGACCGGUUGUACAUUUAUCUUUCUCUGAUAUAACGCCUUAUGGAUACUUUCUUAUUAGCGCGUGUAAAGGUAAGACGCCAUAUUUCUGUAUUUUUCACCGGCCGGCUUUCGCUCCCGUGACUUUUUGUCCUAAAAAAUCCACCACUAUAUGAAUUUAGUACCCCUUUUUUGAGGAGACAUUUUAAAUAGUCUAAAUGAUAAGCAAAUGAGAUACAUUAGGUGUCGAGGAAAGAAAAACGACGCAAUCUUGUAAGGCGCGAGAAGUCAUCAGGGGCACCCAACGAGGAUAUAGUUCAAAACCACUUAACAUAGCAUUGUUGAACGUAUUUUAGUAUUCAAACGGUAGAUAUAGGCAUAUUUUUAUCCCCUAAAAACUUUUCAUCUGUUCGGAUUUCCUAGCUGAAAAUCUAGUGAUCCGAAAAUUAUAGGGAUAAAAACUUACCUUCUCGAAAAUUUCAGCCAGGAAAAGGCUCCCGAAAAUUCUAGGUGGCCUUUUUUAGGGUCAAAAUCCGUUAAAAAUGAGUAAUUAUACCAUUUUGUAGAUGUUCGAAAAUCCUAGGAGAGGCAGGCAAGCAAGAAGUUUUACAACAAAUGCUCCGAAAAUUCUAGUUCUCAAAUCGUCUUCCGAACAGAAAUUUUCCCGAAAAUUGCCGUUGGGUGCCCCUGAAGUCAUGAUCAGCGAAAUGAAGUCGCUCAGUUCCGUUGUAGUUUCUUUGUUGCCACGCAGUAAACUAGAAAUACGUGUCUGGCAACUCUCGCGAAACUUAGUGUGGAUAGCAACACUCAAGUUAAGCCGUGACCGGUGGGGUACUGCCCCCGGGGUGGGGUAAUUAAGAACAGGAUCGGUGACCCGCCGUGAAUAUCCUGUGUUGUCAGCAAAAUGAAGGUAUUACAGGUCGUUUUGAUACAAAGUCGUUUCGAUACAAGUUUAUUCAGUGUAAAAAGUUUCAAGUCCUUGGCUUAAAGAAUGAAGAAUAAUCAUCCAAACUGUUUUUCGUGUUGACGCGGAAACUAAACUUGAAGGGAACGAAAUUAGUGCACCAAGAAUAUUUUAUUCAUGGUGUGCCCAGCGCAUGGAUUGAACAUGAAUGUUAAUGACCUACACAAUCGGAUACCCCUGUUUGGUGUUAGCCUGCAUAGCGAGUGCUGUGAAGUGUUUGGGCUCAAGACAGAAAGGCUGCGAGAGAGGGAGACACAUAAAGGGGAGGGGAAGUGCCUGCCCGAGAGGCCCAUGAAAAUCAUUUCCCUCUCCAGUCCAAAAACCUGGCAGCCGCCGCAUGAUCUGGCAAAAAUUUUGACAGAAAACUAUUGACCUUGCGCAAACAAAGCAUGGCAAAGCGUUGUACAUUUAUACCCUUGGUCUAAAUGCAUCUGUUAUAAAGAUCAGUGAGGUUAUCUGAUUAUAGAGUGAUGUAGAAAUAACCAAAGGGCAACACACAGCUUUAAAUCGUUUUUAACCCAAGGCACAAUAAAUACGAAACCGAGUCAAAAAUGGGUGUUUCUUGAAGAAUGCAUGCUGUGUAUUAUAAAAAAGCUAAAUAUUGUUCUCUGAGAUUACAAAGUCACAACUGACAGACACUGAAGAUUACAGUAUACAUGGAUAAUGACCAUUGCUUUUAUUGCACAAAGUUGCAGCCGGUUAUAGAGCCGACAUGUCCUACUAAUUGGACCUAAACUUCAGAACACAAACUGUACUGAGAUGUUGUUAUAGGCUGAAGUAACAAGACAUAAACACUAGACAUCAGGUCGCCUUCGAGCAAUACUAAUAUUAUCAACAGAGAAAGGUUUUUCAAAUUCAUGCCUCUGGUAAGUGUUUCAUUUCAUCAAUCCUGUCCAGGUUUUGAUGGUAUGCAUUCCAUCGACAAUGAAAGCCGCCAGGUUCUUUUUUAGCAAAGAGUAUUUCCUCUGAUCUUCGUUUCAAUGAUUCAACAGAUCUUUUGUCUGUUGCCGCUUCUGCCAUGCGUAUUUGAUGUCAAAUCAUUCCUUUGUGAAUAACGUUUGAACACUCCAACUUUUCUUUUAGAUUAUAGCCACAUUGGCCCAUUUAACCAGAUUGAAGUGACCUCCAAGAUCUGAAAUUCAAUUAUACCAGUUAGUGGUGUAAUAUAAGACCUUCACUGCCUUGUCCAUGUAGUACAUUUUUUUUUUUUGCAAAUGAACUUGUGUUUUCUUUGGUUGACAGUUUUCUCACCUAAUGGAACAACUUAUCCCCUCGGGAGCCUCUGAACCAAUAGGAAAAUUCCACACUCUCAGAAAGCGAGCAGAAACGAUUUUCAUUGGCUUCUUGGGCAGGUGCUCCCUCUCCCCUUGCAGAAGAGUUUGCUUUUGUCGGCUAUGUCUGAGAGCGGGGGAGGUUAUCAACUUUCUUUCCCUGAAAAGGGAGGGCUUAUUAGAGAGGGAGCUUAUUUGAAGGAGGGGGGGCUUAAUAGAGGGUUUACGGUAUUGCCACGUGUGAUAAUUUGUCUUAUUUGUUGUAGAUGGGAAACCCAUGUUAAGAUAUGGUCACACUGGUGACUGGAUUGGUACUUAUGAAGGACACAAAGGAGCAGUAUGGAGCGCUACAUUAACUGAAGAUGCCACAAAGGCAGCCACUGGUGCUGCUGACUUCACAGCGUAUGUAGUAGACAUAACAUUUAACUCAUGAUCACUCUAUUACAAAGACGGACACCUUAAGGAAACAGCACUAAGUCUCCAUCUAUUCUAAGAGUAAUGUAGGGCUUAUAGAGAGUCUAAUAAAUGAAGUGAAGGAAGCAGAAACCAACUCUAGGUGUCUGUUUUACCAAGGUUUCGGCCUUAUGGAGGAAUCCAUUAGGAAGAAGUUGACUGUAUUCUCAGUGGCAGAUCAAGAGGGUCUAAACCCUGAUAAAAUGCUCUCAUCAGACCAAAAUAUGUCUUAGUAUUUUAAUGGCUUUGUGCUUUAAAGACAAAAGGAAUUUACUUGAAGAUAUAUAUAGUUGAUAUUUACCAGGGAAAAAUGGGUCAUAGCCUGUAAGGGUAGAUAGAUUUUAUAGUUUUUUAACAGCUUUAACAGUAAGCACCAGUUUUACAUCCUUUGCCCAAAGAAUUCUGGAUACAAUACUGUUGUUUGGUUACCAAUAAUAGUUCCUGCCUCAACUUGUACUAAGUUACUGUUCCCCUUUAAUGUAAAACCCCCUUUCCAUCAAGCCCUCAUCUUUGAACAGUCAGAAUUUAUCAAUUCCUCCCCUUCCCUAGCCUGCAAAGCACAGACGUAUUUCCGGACGACCAGAAAUACGUCUGCCCAUCGCGACCCCCAUUUGUCCCAUUUGUAGAACUGUGCCUCAAAUCAUGUGGAGCUGGCCUAUUCCCACCUGGCUAAUCCGUGGUUGACUGACUGACUGACUGAUAAAUCUGUGCUUUAAAAACUCAGCCAAGUAUGAAAUCAGUCAAUCUAGCUCAUUUUUAUUGUUCACCUUUUCUAGAAAAGUUUGGAAUGCUGAAACUGGUGAAGAACUCAGAAGUUUGCCACACAAACAUAUUGUAAAGAUUGUGGACUUCUCUCCAGUAAGUUAUACUGAUCUUGAUAACAUGAUAAUUUGUUACUAAUAACAUCACGAUAAGUAGCCUUACAGUAACGACAUUAAUUGCAAUUGUACUACUAUUUCCACUCAUCUAAUUUGGUAUCUGUUAACAUAUUUCCACAACUUUUUUGACAACUAUAGUUACUAUGUGGCAACAUGAACCCGUUUCUUAUGAUUAGCAAAGAAUAUCCAAUAUUAAAGUAUUUCUGUCAGUUUUGCACUCAGUUUUUCACUGGGUGUUUCACACUCACACGGAAGCCUUCCACGGGUCUCAAUGUAAUUUGAAGUGCACAUCUGAUUUGAGUAGAGUAAUCAACUCUAUCAAAAAGAUUUGAAAGAAUGUUUAUUUGAUUACUAAAAUUUAGAGAAAAGAGUACCUGACUUUUCUGAGUUAAGUAGCCGAUCCUUUUUGUUGGAAAUUGGGGCUUAUUGUAAGCACUGCCUACACCUGUACAUUUUGUAAUAAUGACACCAUUUAGGCAGGGCUGUCAUUAAGUUCUGAACUAGACAUUCACCUGUAACAUCUCACAAAAAUUGACAGUGUUACCUUUAUCAUUCCACUUUGAUCACCUGUAACAUCAAGUGAGCUCAGCUGUAACCGGUGUUACGAGUUAUGGCCCUUAAUGAGAGUUCUGCUGAGGUACUAGUGAAAAUUGUUUCGGACUAUUUUUAAUCAGAGAAACGAGAUAAAAUGUGGUCAUACAUAUUAUUUUGGCCUAAGUGCAGGGUUUGUACAUGAAAUUGAAGAAUUUCAGUUUCCAGGCCUGGAAAGUCACGGAAUUCAAUUGUUGGUCCUCGAAAGUCACGGAAAAUUAACGUUAUGUUAGAUAGAUUAGAUACUGCAGAUGUCAAAGUAAGGACGAAGUAAGAUAGCGACGAGAAAUGAUUACUAAAUGGCAGGGGCUUUAGUGGACACCAGAGUGUCUGCUAAACUGAGUUGGGUCAAAAAUACCCGAAAAGAACGAAAGUUUUGAAAAUAUUCGAAAGUGACAGCUAACCCUAAGGUCAUGGAAAACUUUGAAAAGGUCAUGGAAAAAGUUUUGGAAAGUCAUGGAAUUGGAAGAGCUUGAAAAGAGUACACGUCGCUGAAGUGUGUCAUCUAAUUUUGUUGCUGAUUGCACACAUAGAGGAUAUUACAUGGCCACGUGGAGAUACAAAAUGUCUUUUUGAGUGUUUCCCAUUUCUCUUUGUUUAAUGUUUUUAUAUGCAGUGAAAGGUGUGAUGUAUUGUUUAGCCAUAUCAAUGGUGAUCUUUUCACAUGUGAAGAUAACAUGUUAUUAUUUUUCACAUUUGAAGAUAUCAUGUUUUCAUGUGAAGGCUCACCUGGUAUUUCAUUGGUGUUUAUAUAAUAAAUAUUAGCUAUCUAAACUUGUAAAUUUGUUUUUUGUUUUCCUUAGGAUGGGAAAAGACUUCUAACGGCUAGCAAUGAAAAGCUUAUAAGAAUAUUUGACUUGCAAGAUGAAAGCGCAGGUAAGGAAAUUUUUCUAUUUUUUGCUGCUGGUGUUAAGUACGUUAUUGGAACUUAAUCUCGCGAUUUUGGUGAGACAGUAUUUUGCAGCGUUUUGUUUUCACAAUUUGAAUAGGAAAAUGAAAUAAUUUAAAAAUAAUAAGUCGAGUCAAACAUUCUGAACUUAAAGUGAUUUUCCAAAAAGUCUGAAAUUUUUAUUUUUUCUGGAUAAGCUGGAACAGGCAAAAUGACAUUUAUCUACUCCAUAUAAUUAUGUGAAAUCUUUGGAAAAUAAAGUUAUUUCACAACAGAAGAUACAAAAUUUAUUUUGAAGUGAGCCCUCUCGAUGAGCUUUUUUAUUACUCUUAGGGCAAACUCCGUCAAUAAAAUACAUUUAAAUGGAAAAAAGCAAUGUCAUGGAAUAUACCCGUAACAAAUUGUGUAUUUGUCUAUACAUGAACUGUAUAAUUUUUGUUAUUACAUGAUAAACAUUCAAUUCACUGUGAUUUGAAUUUUCUAUGAUGGGUAUUAAAUUUUGCAUGUUUAAAUUUUGCAAGGAUUUACAUAAUUCACAAGUUUUUAAUAUAAAUAAAGAUCCAUGAAAUUAAGUGCCAAUGAGGUAAUAUUUUUAAUGUCAAAUGAAUGUAGGUGACUCAAUCAAGAAGCAUAUAGUUUCAGUCAUUUUUCAGUUUGUUACUCCAAAAGCUAGAGUGACAACUCUACCAGCAGACAGUCAUAUUUAUUUUGCUUUUAGCACCCUAAAACAGUAUUAAAUUAAUCCAAACAUUUUAUGGUGAACACCCCAUCAUAUUUACCUUUAUAUGGGAGAAAAAGAAAAGAACAUUAUUUUACUGUCAAUUUCUGCAAGCAUAUGUAAUAAAAUGGAGUAUUGAUUUAAUAGUACUCCAUGAAUAAUAUUUCUUGUACCAACUUCAAGGAAGCUAAUGAUUUAAUAGAUUAACUAUGGGAGCUUGAAAUCAAGGAUUCAAUUAUUAAGUUUCUUUUUUUUUCAGAACCAGACUUAUUCAAAGGCUAUACAGUGAAUAUUAGAGCUGCACUAUGGAGUAAAAACCCUACGUAUAUUAUCAGUGGAGGAGAAGAUAAAGCAAUGAGGUAAUAAGCAUAUUGUAUUAUUGAUAAAUUUCUCGCGAUACUCUGAUCCCAUUUUUAAUAGAGACCUGGGUGGUGAGAAUCAAGGCAUCUUGCAAAAUUUAAUUAGGUUAUACUGUGCAAGGAUUCUUGAAAUCUGUAAUAUACACUGUUCAUCACCCUGUUCAUGUCUACAAUAUACUGGUGUCUGCGAUCUUUUUUUUUUUGUUUUUUUCACAGCUUUAUUGGGUGCUCCUCUAGUGAUAUACAAUAUAAAUUUGUAAUACAACACACACACACACACACACAAAAAAAAACAAAAAAACAACUCCCUGGCUUUGAGAAUGGUUUUGAAAGGCACUUCUACAACUUCAAGUCCACAUUACAGAUUUUCAUCUUCUUUGAAUUGAUUGAGGGUCACACUUUCAGUGUUCCAGUUAAUUCUUUAAAGCAGGGGAUCAUGUAGACCAUUAUUUUGAGGGGUCACUAACACCAUGUGCUAAUUUUUUUUCAUUGUAUUUAACUUAACAUUUAUUUUCGGGUUGCUUGAUGAUUACUUCCCAAGAUGUAUGAAACUCUGAGUGGCAAUAAAUGUUCAAGAUCUAAUCCAGUUCCAUCAGUUUACUUGUAUUCUGCUCUAGUUGAACUGUUGAGCACUCUUAUAGUCAAUGAGGACAUCAUUCUGGUACUUUGUUAUAACUAAACAUUUAUAUUUCAUCUGUUGGGUCAGGAAGCCUUCUUUAUCAGGUCAUUGACCCGAGACCUGUCUCUUAUCACUGCACUUUCUGUUCCAUGGUCACUCUUCAACUCAUGCUUUUUGUUAAACUUGUGUAUAGGCUUUGGGAUACAAGAAGUAUGAAAGAGGUUAAGACCAUUGAUUUGCCACAGAGUGUUACAAGCAUGGUUUUAUCAAAGGAUGGCAAUGUACUCAUUGCCACAUAUGGGAAAACAAUAUCAUUUUGGGAUCCAGAAAGGUGAGGUAAAAGCAGGUGAAAAAAAGGACCUCAAGUUUUCUAAGACAACAAUAAAAUUCCUACUUUUAUAAUAUGUACAGCUUAAUAUUCUUGGGCAAGCAGCUGUCACAUUUUGCUUGCCUGGCCAAGGCCGCUUCUUGCUCGCCAUAGUUAAUUAUUUUGUCACAGGAGGACUUGUCUGGGUUCAGUGGUUCAUUUAUUUCACACUAUUUACAGAGAAUAACAUAGAAAGAAAAAUAUGUUAUGUACAAUAGAUGAUUACAAAAAUAAAAUAAUUACAGUAGGGGAACAAGCUUAUAAAAAUUUGUAUGUGUGUGGAGGUUAAAGUAGCAAAAGCUUUCCAGUUGACCACCGCCUACUUUCAAAUGAAACGAAGAAAUGACACUGAGCUCUAGUAGGGAAUGUUUGUAGAGCCUAGGACUAAAUCUAGCUGCUCAGAUGUCAUUCUGGCUCUUGAAGUCAUUGCCGCCUCACAGAGCCACUCGCUUCAUAGGCAAGAAAGUUUUAAAAGUUACUUGCCCAGCAAGAAAAUCUACUAGUCCUGGACUAACGGAUGGGACUUCUUUCAAGCUCUGUUGGUAAAUACAUCUGCAUCCUCUACAGCAAUUUUAUUAUUUUUUUCUUCGCCUGACUGGUGUCUAUGCCCCGAUUCAGUGGUACUCUAUUACUUAUUUCUUUAAUAUUAUUUUAUUCAUUCUGUUAUUUAUAUGUCUACCUUUCAUGUUUAGAAUGGAACAGAUCAAGUCUUUUGAGGCUCCUACAGCAAUAUUUUCAGCCUCACUCCACCCCAGUAAGUCUUGUUUUGUAGCAGGAGGAGAUGAUUUCAAGCUUUAUAAGUUUGAUUAUGAAGAUGGAAAGGAACUAGGUAAGGCAAUCAAGAGACAAAAUAACUAUAUACAAUUCUUUGUUCUGAAAUGGUUUGCCAGCCAUUUUGAUCAUAUUUUUUUAACGAUUCACUUAUUAAAUAUCUUAUUUUCUUUGGUAACCAAUACUGCUCAACCUCGUCCAAUAAUAAUAUUGUUAAUUAUUGCACUUUUCUUUUUUCAGAAUCAUACAAAGGACACUUUGGUCCUGUACAUUGUGUCAGAUAUUCACCAGAUGGUGAACUUUAUGCCUCUGGCUCUGAAGAUGGCACAUUGCGGCUGUGGCAAAACACUGUUGGCAAAACUUAUGGACUCUGGAGAGCAGUUAACAAUGGUGUAGCAGCAGAUGGAACAAAUUCAUGAUAACUUAUUUAACAAAUUUAUAUUAUUUACUUCUAAUCAUAAGAGGAUUAUGUCAAGUACUCUUGGGUGAGUCCAAUUCAGUUUGUAAACACAUGCAAACUUGUGCAUUCUCUGCUUCUGUCCACACAUGAACACAUAAAAAUGGAUAAUUUGUAAAUUCUGGAUGGAGACAUUCAGAAAACAAAACAUUGCCAUGUAAAUAGGUUUAAAUGUAUAUCAGUUUGUAUGUGUUUGCAUGAACAUGGUCCCAAGGUGUUUUUCCAUUACAUCAAGUUUCAACUGUUGUGCUAGUUUUAAGUAGUGGUCCAGAUAAGAAGGAAAGAGCCAAACGCAAUGAACACGUUGAAAUGCGAAAAAGGUGAUAACUUAAUUAUUGUCUCUACUACACUUCUGAUUGGUUUAGACAUCAAAAGUUCUACGAAAUCUUCGCAAAGCAGCAUGUUUCUGAAUCCCUUGUUUUCUUACCAACUUCCCCAUAACAAAAUUUCUUCUGAGUCUAAGUAACACAGAAAUCCUACUUUUCUUGGCUAUUGUUUUCAACACUUAUGAUUGGUUGAAAUCUCUUAACACACACAAAAAACGCCCUUUAAAAAUGGAGUUAUUUCGUAGACUACCUUUUUGUAAGUUUACGCAUUCUCUAUGUAAAAAUGAAAACAUUGCUAUGUGAGAAAAGCAUAUUGUGCCAUAACAAAAGAAAUUGCUUCUUUUUUUAACUGGUUAGUCUUGUCCCCUUGAUGCAGAGUACACCCUAUAAUGGCCUGCCUAUAAAGGGUUUUUUUUUCAGACUUUAGGUAUACAUUGUAUAAAAGGGUAAGGAUUUCACUACAUGACUUUGCCAUUGCGGUCUGUAGAAGGACCACAAAAAACUAUCAGAUGCUUUUCAUGGCUGUAAAAAAGUAAGAAAAAAGCUUCCUAGUUGAUUGACUUAUUUAAAAGAUAGUACUUUUACAGCAGUUAAACUACACCAGAUAUGUGAAAGCAGUACAUGUCCUUUCAAAAAUGGAAAAAAUUAAAAAGGGCAAAGUGUUGGACCUCAGAUUAGAGCCUCCCCAUAUAAAACUAUGUUGAAUGCCCCACUCCCAUCAACCUCAACCCCAAAACCACUUUCAUUUUCAGAAAUUCCCUUUCUAGUCCUGCUUCUCCAGAAAGUAACCAACAUUUUGUUCAGUCCAUAUUUAAUGGCACCCUUUAGUGUAGGUAGAAGGUUAUUUGUCUAUGUUCUGAUCAGAUACUGCAGCUCUGUAAUUCCGUAGUUUGUAUACUACAGAACAGGUCCUCAAUGGUUGUUCUUAGAAAACAGAGUAUUUUCACUCACUUGGCCAGCAGCCAUGCAAAUUUAUUACGACAAAAGAAAGCGUUUUCAUAAGAAAAGAGUGCAACUCCUGCAGAACUGUUUUGGGACACCAACAUGGCAGACAUGGGGUCAUGUGAAAAUGCUCAUUGUUAAGGUUAUAUAAAAUAAACCACUGGGGACAAGAGCAUUGUACCAUCUUUCUGAAUAUUAUGAUAUUUAUUUCUUAGAAAGAUUCUUUUCAGCUGUACAAGAGAUAGAUAAGGUAUUUUCUUGGUGUUGUGGAUGUGUGCGAUCAACAAAUGAUUUUGCAGAAAAGAUUGAUAAGACACUGAACUAUCUCCUCCACCACACCACUCAGUUUCCACAACACCAAGAAAUACCCAAUAGGUAUGCUUCUUUCUAUGCUUUAUUGCAAACUUAAGUUAGAGUUAGGUGUCAGAAAUCAAACGUUUAUAAGACCUGUGUAAACAAAUGUUGUCAUGUAGGAGAGUUCAAGUUUCACAAGAGACAAGACUUGACAUUCAUCUACCUUUAGAGAGACUGAGAUGGCAUUUUUCAACCUUUGGGAAAAGUUUUCACAGAAUCAUCUCAGAUUUUGCUUUGAGAUGUUUAUCAACAAGCAACAGCUUUUAAUUCCUUAUUAUUUUGUAUAAAAUAGAAACGACGAAAUGAUUUUAUAACUAAGUAUACCAGUAUGACUGUAACUAACAACAUAACCUUAC